AUGGGCAACGGAAUUAUUUAUAAAAAACAAUCUGGUGUCCAAACUUGUUCACAGUCGCGUAAGAUUACCGUAAUACCUUAUGAACGUUGGCUAUAUUCUGAAGCUAAACGAUGGGGACAUUUUAAACAAUUUAAUCCAUUUUCAACGAAUACUGAUGAUCUAAAUGUUAAUACUCCAACAUCAUCAAACUUAUCUUCGAGCUCUCUCUCUUCAUCGUUUGUUUCUUCGUCAUUAACCCCAACAUCGUCUAUACCAUCAACUGAUAAUACUUUUUCAAAAACAACUAAUCCAAGAAAUCGAUUUUCAAAUAAUGAUCGCGAUUUACAACUAUCUGGUGCACCAGUCGGAUCAUCUCUGUCUUCUUCGCAAUUGUCUAAUUCCGUCAAUGGAAUUUCAUGUUCAUCAGCGUCUCUUGUUGAAAAAGAACAAUUACAAAAGCCAAUUUACUAUAUAAAUGGACGUUUUUUUAAAACAUUAACACGACUUGGUGAUUCUCAAUUUAUUCUGAGUGAAUAUGGUCAAGAUGAUAUUAUUUUAACAAUUCCGUCGAAUAUUGAACGUUAUCGAACGAAUGAUAAUGCCAUUCGAGAUCGUAUAUUACGUUUAAAUCGCGUGAUUGGUUGUUGUGAUGAAUUUAUUGUAUUUCAGUUAUGGAAAGGCAAUAAUGAAGUUGAAAUAUUUAUAUUCGAUUAUUCUAUUGAGUCUACAGCAAAAAAAGAUCUCAAAUGUACAUGUAAUCAGAGUAACAUUCGUUGUCAAUCACCAUCAGUUCGUUUACCUAAACCAAAAAAAGAAAUUAUUGUAUCUGCUACCCCUCCGAUAAAUCGACACAGUGCAUUAAUGCAGUCAGCGUCAUUGAGCGCUUAUCAUGUUCAUAAUACCGAUGCACGUAGUUUAUCAUUCAAAUCAUUUUCAAUGUUAAAUGCUACUUUCAGUAGUACAACAGAUGAUCUUGAUGAUGCAAAUCAAACGAUGGAUAUUAAUAAACAAUUUUAUGCCAUUGAUAAUAUACGAAAAGCUUCCUUUUUAACCGGUUCAGCUCGUUGUACACUUACAGUAGGCUCAUCGAAUCUUAAUUGUUCGAUAAGUCCAAAUGUUCAACGAUCAACUUCAACAGUAACAAAUAAUAAUUCUCGUUUUUCACCACAUAGUCUUUUAAGAUUUAGUUCCUGUCCACGCAAACUAAUCUCAUUAUCAAAUACGACAAAUAAUAAUAGGAAUUCUUCGGCAAAUAAUACUCGUUCGUAUUCAUUAUCGAAUACCAAUGAAUUAUUAACCGUAAUAACAAAACCAUCCAAUUGUCCUUCACAAAAUCAUCGUUCGACGCCCUAUCUGGCAUCAUUAACAUGUCCGCACCAUACUUCCUCUUCGUGUACAUCAUGGUCAGAUGUGUCCACACGUCAGUCUUCUCCAACAACUGUCACUACCACACUGAAUAAUCGCAUUGUUCGAAAAGUAAAUUCAUUACAACAUCGUUUUAAUGCUCGUUCUUAUACAUGUUUGAUAUCUCCUGAUCACUCACAUUUAUUAAUAACUCCCGAUUAUGAAGAUAAACAUUCGUACAGUCACCAAACACACAGUGAUGUUACAAUCAUACUGAAUGUAAAAUAUUUUACAAUUUUGAGGAUUACGCCAGCUCGUUAUGAUCAACGUUUUGCAUUCGAUCCACGAUAUGGUCAUUCUCGUUUAGCUGAAUUUGACACUGUUCGUGGACAAAUAACGGAUAUAAAACAAGAUCGUGUUCUUGUCUGUUCAAAUCAUACGUUAAAAACAAAAGUCUAUCGAGUCGAAUAUACCAAUGAUGGUUAUUUGAUUAUUGUCCUAUGUACAUUACCAAUAUUUCAACGUGUUAAACGUAAUUACUUCUUAUAUAUUUUAAAUUCUUCAACACUUUUGCAUACACGAAGUAUUAUCGAUUAUCGAGGCCCAUUUCUUUCAUCAUAUGUGUUUACUAAUGAAUUUUCACUUUUAUUUAAUAUUUAUCCAUCAUUAUCAAAUUGUGGUUCGACAUUGGCCGUGUUAAAAAAUAUUGAACCAUCGGUGAAUGUUCGUAUUGUUGAAUUAUAUUCACUUCCUUAUACCUGUGUAACAUUAAAAGAGAUAACACGAAGACAUAUUCUACGAUAUGUCGAUCAAAAACAUGUUCAAAAUUUAUUUUUGCCAGAAAAUCUCAAAGCCUAUUUAUCAUACAAACAUAAAUAUUAUUGA